AUGUCGGAAAUCUAUGACCCUCUUGACUCUCCGAUCAUCUUCACUGAGGCUCAAGAAACGUCUCGAGGCACGGUCACGCCCGCUGACAAAAGCAACGGCUCCAAAUCGAGUGGGGAUUUCUUGAAAUGUCUCGGAAUCGCACAAUACUUUGGCCUUGACUUCCUCCCCAUAAUAUGGCAACCUGCUUUGAAAAUCGUCGGCCUCGGUGCUACAGCCCGAAUACACCAGGCGCCGGUGAACGUCGAGACAGAUUUCGCUUUCAAAAGAUGCGUCAGCUCACAAAGAUCCUUCUCCGAGGACGGCGAAAGGAAAGUAUUUGGAGCUCUACUUCGUGAAAUACAGGUACUGACUUUGCCCUCCAUCCGCGAGCAUCCAAACAUCAUCAAUCUGAUUGGUCUCUGUUGGGAUGUCAUCCCUGAGACAGGAAAAGUCUGGCCCGUCCAAGUAUUUGAAAAGUCAAAGCACGGAAAUCUGAGGGCAUUCAUGCGAAGUGGAAAGGGGAGCCAGCUCACUUUUGCAAAGAAACUCCAAUUCUGCGCCGACAUUGCUAGGGCAGUCGUUUGUUUGCAUGCUAACGGCAAGUUAAGGGUUGUGCAAACUCAACAGACAUUAGCCGCUGACCAAGUGACCAGAGAUAAUCCACGGAGAUAUCAAACCAGAGAACGUACUUUUCUCUCUUCAGACAGGGUAGAGGGUGGUAUAAUUACUCGAGCUGCAUCAAGAGAUAUGGUCUACAAGUUUAAUGUCACUCAGUCUAUGUCUCAGCUCUACAUGACAGAUUAUCGAGUGCGCGAAUAUAUCGUCUCCUGCCUCAAUCAAGUAUACACACUGACCCCAAUUCUGCGAGACAAACAAUGUGUAGCUUACGAGCUUGCGAUCUGCUACUAUAUUGGCUUCGGCGUUGCCAGAGAUGAGAAGUUGUGUGCCGUUUUUCUUGAUAACAGUGCGAGGCAGCAAAAUGACAUUAUGAAUGAGAUCGAUCAUCUUCGCCACCAUAGACUCGAGGCAAAUUUUCGCGACCGAUUUUACAAAAGCUUGGAGAUUAACGGUCAAGUGACGCGAAUUGACUUGUCCGAGAAUUAUCAAGGCCAAGUACCGGUCGAGCAAGUCGAACAGUAUUACAGGAGAGAAAUAGCAGACGUUGAAUUCGCAUUGGGUCGCCAACAUACUUUGGCACGAAUCUUGAAUUCGGCGUUGUUUUCCGUGUUGUUCCAUCAAGGUCGAUGGAAGGAAGCUGAAGAGGUUGGAAGGAGACAAAAGGAGUCCGCGGAGAAAUCUUUCGGCGAAGACCAUUCAGCUUCUUUGGUAUAUUCAGAGAACAUUGCACUGACCUUGGUACGGCUAGGACGCUUACACGAAGCUGAAAAAGUGACUUCUCAUGUACUCAGCAAAAGCAUUCAGCUACUGGGGGAGGAGCAUGCAACGACAAUCUUACGAAUGGCUGAUUUGGCCUCAAUUUAUCGGGAUCAAGGGCGACUUCGAGAAGCUGAAGAACUUGACUUGCAGUUGCUCCGAAUAACUUCUCGUACCCGUGGAAAGUCACAUCCGAGCACUUUGAGGUGCAAAACGAAUCUUGCUUUGACCAUAGGAGAGCGAGGCCGUUGGCAAGAAGCCGAGAAGCUAGCCAGGGACGUUCUGGACACCAGCCGAGACUCUUUGGGAGAUACGGACUCGGCUACAAUAGCACGAGUGGUCAAUCUUGCAUCAAUUCACUUGUGGCGAGAGAAUUGGCCGAAGGCUCAGGAUCUUUUGGAAAAAGCUAUCACUCAGACUAAGACGCUACUUGGUGAAAAACACCCAAAUACUCUCACGAGUCUGUCUGGCCUUGCAAUCCUAUACAGUAGGCGAGGUCGAUGGGCAGAAGCCGAAAAGCUUCACUUUCAGAUACUAGACUCAAGGCAAACGACGUUGGGCAAGGACCAUCCUGAAACCUUGUCGACUCUUGGUGAUAUCGCGAAGAUUUAUACGAAACAAGGACGCUGGAGAGAGGCUGAAAAGUUUCAAAACCAGACAUUGUUGGUUCUCAGAACCGUUUUUGGAAACUUCCAUCCUAGCGUACUAAAAGAACAGACAGCUCUCUCAUUGACCUUGUGGAGACUUGGCCGACAAAAGGACGCGGAAAUAAUGCAAUUGGAGGUCAAAAGAGAGAGUGAGAGCGCACUCGGGAAAGCUCACCCGGACACGCUAUCCCGGAUGAGUAAUAUUGCAACGAUGCACUCCGAGCAAGGUCAGUGGCUCAAAGCCGAGAGUAUGUACAAUGAAAUUCUAGAGAGGACAGCAGAAGUUUUGGGACAUGCCCACUCGGAUACUUUGGCCACCACUGCAAACCUUGCCAAAGUGUAUGGAAAGCUUGGAUGGUGGAAAAAGGCGGAGCAAUUGAAUAUAGCCAAAAUGGGAAUGAGUGAGCAAGCUUUGGGUGAGACACAUCCGCAAAAUAUUGCUUAUAUGGACUCCCUUGCAAUGACGUAUCUUGACCAAGGCAGGUGGAAAGAGGCUGAAUGUCUUGCAUCAAAAGCAACGAGACUUGCUCAGAAGAUGAUGGGAGACUCUCAUCCGAUGACUUUGACAUACGUAGGAAACCAUGCUCUGACCCUAUUAGACCAAGGCAAGUGGGAAGAAGCCAAAGCUAUGCAAUUACAAGUCCUAGCGAUCUGUAGACAAAAAUAUGGAAAAAUCCAUGCCCAGAUUCUCAGUCCACUAUCCAAUUUGGCCUCAACAUAUUGGCAGCAAGGUAAGUUUCAAGAAGCUGAGAACUUAAACAAGGAAGCACUGGACAUAGGUCAAAGCGUAUAUGGCAAGACACAUCCAGAGACUUUGUCAUACAUGAUGAACCUAGCCUUGACAUACCAAAAGCAGAAACGAUGGAAGGAAGCUGAGCGACUAGAGGUAGAUGCCGUCAAAAUCAGUGAAGAUAUGCUGGGGAAGACGCACCCGACAACGUUGAAACGGAUUGACAGUCUCGCCGGCACCUAUUCACAUCUUCGGCGUUGGCCGGAGGCCGAAAUGCUCCAAACAAAGGUAGUUGAGGCGAGUCGCAUCGCAAUAGGCCCAGAGCAUCCAGACACCCUCAGAAGUAUGUCCAAUCUAGCAUCGACAUACAAUUAUCUUGGAAAGUUCAGCCAAGCGGAAAGUUUGGCAGUAGAGGCCCUUGCCACUAGCACGAGCCAGCUAGGUGAAAGCCACCUCAAUACAUUACAACAUAUGACCGCCCUAGCUUCUGCUUACAGAGGUCAGCAGCGAUUGGAGACAGCCGAAGAGCUCGAAGCUCACGUGCUGGGCGUCAAGAAAGACGUCCUUGGGGAUUGGCAUCCGUCGACUUUGGAAAGUAUGUCGAAUUUGGCCUUGAUCUACCUCGAACAGGGCCGUGAGGAGGAGGCCUUCGCGCUUGAGGUUGAGGCGCACAAAAGGCGAAAGCUGAAAGUCGCUGGAAGAGAGGAACAAUUGGGCAACGGCGCCAUUUAUCCAUGGAGGCCUAAUGCAGAACAGGAAGUAGUGGGAGGAGGGAAAAUGCAACAACUUGCCACAACAUUUGUGCGAGGAACGACAGACGUUUUUCGCCUUAUGUGGUACGGCAGAUAUAACAUAUCAUUUGCUGAAGCAUUUGGAGACGAGUGA